AUGCCUGUUGUAUCUGUGCGAAUUAAAGCAGAAAAUAAUGUAAAAGUAAACUGGAUUGGUGUUCCCGUACCUGAAGAUAUUACAGUAAGGCAGUUUUAUGAAGACCUUAUUGCGGGAAAAAUUGUUCAUGAAGUGCAGUUGAAUAAUGAAGACCGUUUACAACCAGUUAAAGUAGAGUUUUCAUCUAACACUACUGGACCUUUUAAUGUUGUUAGUAUGGAAUGUAACAUGGUUGAGGCAAUUGAAGCUUGGGGAAACAGAGUGCAAUAUUAUCAAACAAAUAGCCAAGUAUCAUUAUAUUCUGAAGCGUCAAUUAAUAUUUUUUCACAAAUGAUGAAUGAUACUACUAGCUUAACUCAUUUACCAACUUUUGCUAUUUCUGAUCGCUCAAACGCAUUGGAAAAGUUACGGUAUGAUAUUGUUGAAUGGAUUCGUGAAAAUAAUGGUGGAUGGAGUAGAGAUACUGCAAUAACAACUGGAAAAGAAUUUGUUAAAGAUUUGGCUGCUGCAUUAUGGUAUAUAGAUAAAUGUGAUUCAGAGAAGUUAAAAAGCCGAAGUUGUAAUGUUCCUGCUGAAAUGGAACAGUUUAUUGGACGCUUUGAUAUUGUUCGUUUAAAAAAAAAAAGAGAGCGAUUUGAUACAACUACACUUGCAUAUCAUUCGAAUAUUCUUUUUAAAUAUACAAGAUCUGCAUGGAUUAGAAAAUCUGUAUUUUGCUGGCUUAUUAAUCCUUUAGAAAUAUUAGCCACAAAUUUAUCCCGAUAUCAAGAAAUUUUGCAAAAACAGUUAAUAGUUACAACACAAAACCAUCAUUCCUUCGAACCAGUUAAAAAAAAUAAUAGCUUUCUUACUAUCUUACAGCCAAACUUAACUAGACAACCUCAUAUUAUUGAUCGGUAUCAAACUUUAGUUACUUUUUUUGAGCAAAAUAAUUUUUGGGAACCUAUAAAUAUUAAAUCAUUUCUUCCAAAUGAACCUAUGCCAAAGCAUCGAUAUAUCAAAGAAUUAGAUAAAGGAUUACCUUUUAAAUUAGCUCAAUAUAUACAUGAUAGUCAACAUGGAUCUUCAGUAAUAUAUUUAUGGCGUAUACCUUCAACUAUUUCUGAUUCACUAUGCGCAAACUUUGGAAAUCUAAAUGUGAAACUUUAUUAG